AGUACGAUUCCGUUGACACUCCUUCUGAUGUUGCAACGAUUAUUUGUCCUGAUGACGUCAUGAACCUCACUGAGUGCUGGACCAAUGAGACAAGAGUAGUGGUCAACAAAAACGAAACUAUAGCCGUAGUAUGCUGUCCUGUGAGUCCCUGCAGUCCAUCUGGUCAAGCACUAGGCAUCCCUGAUUAUGCUUAUUCCGAAUCGUCUUGCUCCUCUGCCAGCAACUGCGGCUCUGCUGCCCGUUUGGACGGUACUUCGAUUUGGAAGCCAUCUCUAUCAAACGAAUUGCAAUGGAUUCAAGUUCAACUGGAGUACAGUAUCGUAACGGCUUUAACCAUUCAAGGUGGACACAAUACCCCUGGUGUCUAUGAGUGGGUGACAUCCUUCAUCAUUUCUUCUAGUUUGGACGGAGCACAUUGGACUGAUUAUGUUAACGUAUACUCGGAAUCAACUGAGAUAUUUCCAGGAAAUUAUGACAAAAGUAGCCACGUGACUCACACGUUCAUUAGGCCAAUCGUUGGUCGAUAUUUUCGGAUUAAUCCGAAGACCUUUCAGACCAACAUAGCUGUCGGAAUGGAACUCUACGGAUAUGGACCUCUAACGGAUGUUGUAGCUUCACUAAACUUGGCUGUGAAACUUGGAUGCAGUCCCCCUGUACUUGGUGAGGGUCUUGGCGUCGAAGAUGGUCGUAUACCAGACAGUAGCCUGACUUCUUCAACGGUCAUAACGGCUGGUAACCAUGUACCCAGUCAGGGAAGGCUUAAUUCGAAUAGUGCCUGGAUUCCACGUGAUUCGGACACCAACAAGUGGGUGAAGAUUGAUCUUGGCAACGACACUCUGGUAACCGGUGUCAUUACACAGGGACGGUACAUGGGGGGCGGUGAAAAGGUAACCUCGGUGUCCAUAUCUUACUCAAGGGACGAUACAGAAUGGAUUAAUCCACUUCAACAGCUCUGUGGCACUAUGAUAAGAUAUCCAGCAAACUUUGAUCAGGAUACAUACGUGACAAUAGUAUUUCCCAAGCCAGUUACUGCACGAUAUGUCAAGAUUCAUACUCCGUCAUACAGGCAUCAUGCGUCAAUGAGAUUUGAAGUACUUGGCAUCAACAACUAAACUAAUAAGUUAACUCCUAUUUGUUUCAUACGGCGUUUAUAAGUUUAUUCGAUAUCGGUCUUGUAUCAUGCGUGGUGAAAAAAAGGUGGAUAUUUUUUUCUGAGCAGCUGUUCGGAAAUCACGUUAGUCAAUCUUUCAAAAACUUAUUUUUUUUGGGAGCUAAUUUAGUUUAGUUUCCAAGUCUAGAAAUCCCUUUCAACCACGUUUCACGAUGCCAUUUAGAAUUUUGAAAUGGCAGCUUUAUACAGUGUAGGAAAUUGCAUAUUGACAUAAAUUUCCGGUUGUAAGCAUUGUUGAUAAUUGUCUGACAUUGUGAUGAAUAUUCAUUUUCAUUUUGGAACCUAUUUAGAUCGGCCGCCAUCUUGGAAAUUCAAGAUCUAUUUUAAUUCAUUCAUUCAUACAUAUUUAAACUAGUUCACAAGAUCAUAUCUGUAAUUACUAUUUUGCAUCUUGGUCUGGUGUAUAAAUACAUAGUAAAAUAGUAAUUAAAGGUAAUUAAUAAUAAUUAAAAUUAAGGUAAAACGUAAAACAAACGUAAAUUAAAUAGGCCUGUAAUGAAAUAAUAUAUACGUGUAACCUUAGCAAAUACAUGUAUAUACACAAUAGCAAACAAGUAGGGCCGACAGUUGUGAAUAAUCAUAGACCGAUAAAAUAUUGUAAUGAAAAUUCUAGAAGUUAUAUAAGUUCAGGGAUUGGAUGAUUAUGACAUAUUAAAUUUAGAUCUUUUGUACACAAACUUGAAAACAUUUAAGGAUUGAGCAUUUUGGAAAUUUGUUGGUAAUUUGUUCCAUACUUUGGCACCGGCAUAUUUAAAAGAUUGUCAAAAGAGUUAAAUAUUUGGCUAACAUUAAAUCCUAGAGAGGAGAUGAGAGUCGAACAGUCGGUCAGAUGCAUAAAAAAAUAUUGCUUGGAAGCUAAUGACAACGAACAGCGGGAGCGGGUGAGCGGGAUUUUCGGAGCUGACGAAAAAUGGCAAAUAUGUCGUUUGUCCAGAGUCAAGGAUUAAACUGCUGUUUGAUUCACCAAUUUUCGACAGAGUUGUCAUGAAAGGCAUUUGACAAUACAUUUCCUAUGUUCUUAAACGUUUGAAGUGCGUGUUAUAUAAAUUAUGUUUCAUCGUUAAUGAGAUGGGUUGGGCUUAAUUAUAAGGUAAUUGAUCAAUUAUGUAUUGAAAAAACAAUUCUUUGAGUAAUUGAAAUUGUAUUUGAAAUUUUGAAAGGGAAAUUAAUUGUAAUUGUCAUUGAAAAAAUGUAAUUGACUUCAAUUACUUUUAAUUACAUUGAAAUGCUUUACAAUAAAUUAAUUAAUUUAUGAUUUCAUUCUAUGACCUUUUUCAUGUCAACUGCUUCAGCAUCAAAGUGUGUAAUAGGCAGAAUCCGUGCUCUUUUAAUUAAACCAUCUCGCAGUUUCUCUGUAAUUUAGAAUUAUGUUGAAAUAGGUGGUGCUAGUAGAUAUAGAAUACAAAUUGAUUUCAUUCAUGACUUUUAUAGAAAGUAAUUGAAAUUGUAAUUGACAAAAGUAAUUGGUAAUUGUAAAAAAUGGAACUCAAUUGAAAAUGAUUUAUAAUUGAACAUUACUACAAUAACGUAAUUGCUAUUGUAAUUGUAAUUGAUAAAAGUAAUUGAGCCCAACUCUGUUAAUGAGUUCACUUUUUGUGGUUAAAACAAUUUUUGUUGUCGUUUGGACGAUAAUGAUUCAAUCUGUAAAAGUGAUAUAAAUAACAUG